AUCUCUUCGCCUCGCCUGCGGUACUAGUGCAGCUCGCACAGGUCACCUUGGGCAUCUGGCGAACGGGCUUCCGCGGCAGCAGCUACAGCCAGCCGAACUUCGACAGCUCGCCGAGACUCCUUUCAACCCGUGAAGUGCUUUCGCGAGCUUCGACGUCGGUUAAGAGCACAAGAUGGCUGGCCACUUCACUUACCCUCCUCCCGAGAUGAUGAAGGAACUCAAGGCCACUGCCGAGGCCAUAGUAGCACCUGGCAAGGGCAUCUUAGCUGCUGACGAGAGCACAUCCACCAUGGGCAAGCGGCUGCAGGGGAUCGGUGUCGAGAACACCGAGGAGAACCGGCGCCAGUACAGGCAGCUGCUGUUCACCUCUAAUGAGCAGAUGAACAGUGCCAUCAGCGGUGUGAUCCUGUUUCACGAAACACUCUACCAGCAGGCAGACAAUGGAACUCCGUUUGUCAAGAUCCUUGAAAACCGCGGCAUCAUCCCCGGCAUCAAGGUGGACAAAGGUGUCGUGCCCCUGAUGGGCACUGACGAUGAGAGCACCACACAGGGCCUUGAUGACCUGACCAAGAGGUGCGUCCAGUACCGCAAGGAUGGUUGCCGUUUCGCCAAGUGGCGCUGUGUGCUCAAGAUUCGCCCGCACUGCCCGUCGCCCCUCUCCAUCUUGGAGAAUGCCAAUGUCCUGGCCCGCUACGCCGUCUGCUGCCAACAGGCGGGCAUUGUGCCCAUUGUGGAGCCUGAGGUGCUUCCCGACGGAGACCAUGACCUUGACCGGGCGCAGAAGGUCACGGAGCAGGUGCUGGCCGCAGUGUACAAGGCCCUGAACGACCACCAUGUCUACCUGGAGGGCACUCUGCUCAAGCCCAACAUGGUUACCGCCGGGCAGAGCUGCACCAAGAAGUACACGCCGGCCGACGUGGCCCGUGCCACCGUCACCACCCUGCAGAGGACUGUGCCAGCUGCCGUUCCCGGCAUCACGUUCCUCUCUGGAGGCCAGUCUGAGGAGGAGGCAUCCGUCAACCUGGAUGCCAUCAACAAGUACCCCGGCAAGAAGCCCUGGGCCCUGACCUUCAGCUAUGGCCGUGCCCUGCAAGCCAGUGCCCUGAAAGCCUGGGCUGGCAAGACUGGCAACGUCAAGCAAGGCCAGGAAGAGUUCCUGAAGCGUGCCAAGGCUAACCACUUGGCUUGCCAAGGGCUGUACACCCCUGGUUCCAUUCAGAGCCUGGUCGCCGAUCGCUCCAACUUUGUCCCCACCCACUCCUACUGAUUUCGCUUUUUUUCUGGCACGGCCUCAAAUCUUUGGAGUGACGGCACUGUUUACUUUUUGCCUACCUGAAUUUGUUCUUUGUUCCCUGUUCUGGUUGGGGAAGCACUCUGUAGUUUUCUGUUAACUUUAGUUCUUGACGUCUGCAACUUUACCUGCUGUACGACCUUCCUUUUUUUUUUUUUUUUAUGCACGCGAGCCCACCCUUUCUGUAGCUGCACUGCUUUCCUGAGCACCAUUUUGCUAAAUAGAAUGAACAACUGUUAGUAGAGUUGCAUGGCUUAUUGAUAAAGUUGAUGCAUCUUUAAAUGAUAUGUUACUUUUGUGACUAGUAUGGUAUGUUUUGUACUUGAUGCAUGGAGCCCUUUGUCACCGCAAAGGAAAUUGCACUCCUUGUUUUCAGAUUUGUGUACAUUUUAUGGUGUUUCAUAGUCUACUGACAUAUUACAUGCAUUUGUGCUACUAUUUGUUAACCUAGUGUGCAAUGGAGGCCUUGCUUCUAAAUGCAGUUUGUUCCUCUCGACAGCAUUGUCUAUUGCAUACUAUCCAAAAAGUUCUCCUGCCCAGUUUUUUUAAAACUGUUUUAGAAAUUUGUUUCUGUGAUUGUGAGAAUUUGGCAUGUCCAACACUGUCGGCAUGUUUUUCGCAGCAUUAUAAUAAGCUUGAUAUUUGCAUGUGCUGCAUGCUCAUUCUAGGCGCCGCUCUUUUUUGAUUGCCGUAUGCUUGUUUUGCAAUGCCUUGUUUAUUGCACCAAAGCGGACCAAUAUGUAUUCAUGCACUUUUAAAAAGAUGUUAUUGAUGUGUGCAAUAUUUGUUUACUUACGAGCUCUUGAACCAUUUUUGGCAUCGUUUUCCUCUUGAGAACUUUAUUUUGCAUUUUCUUGCCAUACCUCGAUUUUUGAGGUCCUUUGUUUACAAAAGGAAAUUGUGUACAGAAACUGAUUUUUUUAGCCUCUGCUCCUGUCUUCAGCAAUGUUAUAGAGUACAUAUUCUAUGAGCUUCGUGCCAAGCAAAUCACCUGGAGUAUGUGACGGAAUUGUUUUUGCCAUCUGCGUACUUACGGUAUACUUCCAGAAUAUGCUGUUGUGAGAAGUGUGCAGUCUUCUCUGUGUAGCGUGGAGUGCCUGCCGGUGAUAGUGAUUUUAUAUGAAGUUACACCAAGUAUGCUUUGAAGAGUGACAGUGACAGUGUUUUAUAAGCUGCUGUGAUGUCUUCUGUCUUCGACACAGGCCUGCAGUGAAGCUGCUCUAGGAAAGUACGGCGGCGGUGUUACUGGAGCGGCUGCCUCAGAGAUCCUCUUUAUCAAAAACCACGAGUACUGAGCGCUCCCCUCUCCCAUUCAAUCAUGUCCGGUGUCGGUGUAACAAACUCGACGGAAGUCUCUUCUCUCUCUUGGCUAGCUGUAGUAUGUAGUCCCGUCUCCUCUUCCGUGCUCCCAAUUUUAGACGUAUCUAAAUUGUUCCCCCCCUGUGUGGUUUGGACAUUCCCCUAAUAUUAGUGCCAUUUGGUGUUUGCCAAAACAGCUGAUGUGCUGUGCACAAUAAAAGUUGAGUUGUUGGCCUCACA